GUGGAACACUCCAUGAUGUUUUUUGUCACUGCAACUUCUGGAGUCCCAGACUUCCCAGAGUUUAUGGGUUCUGUCCUGGUUGAUGAAGUUCAGGUGGGUUACUGUGACAGUAACAUCAGGAUGCCUGAACUCACACAGGACUGGAUGAAAAAGUUGAUAGAACACGACCCACAACACCUGAAGUAUUAUAUUAACGAAUGCUAUGCAACCCCGCACUUCCUCAGAGCCACCAUUGACAGCUUGAUGAAACGCUUCAACCAAACCAGAGGUGUCCACAUCCUACAGCAAUUGAGUGGCUGUGAAUGGGAUGAUGAAACUGGAGAAAUCAGAGGUUUUAAUCAAUAUGGAUAUGAUGGAGAAGACUUCUUAGCGCUGGACCUGCAGACGCUGACAUGGACCGCUCCAAAACCACAGGCAUUCAUCACCAAACUGAGAUGGGAUGCAGACAAAGCUAGACGAGAGUACAAUAAAUACUCUUUCCACAUGUUCCCUGACUGGCUGAAGAAGUAUGUGCACUACGCGAGGAGUUCUCUGCAAAGAACAGAUCUUCCCUCAGUGUCUCUCCUCCAGAAGACUCCCUCCUCUCCGGUCACCUGCCAUGCUACAGGUUUCUACCCCGACAGAGCCGACUUGUUCUGGAGGAAAGAUGGAGAGGAGCUUCAUGAGGACGUGGACAAAGGAGAGAUCCUCCCCAACCAUGAUGGAACCUUCCAGAUGAGUGUUGACCUGAACAUCUCAUCAAUCGCUCCUGAAGACUGGAAGAAGUACGACUGUGUGUUUCAGAUGUCUGAUGUCAAAGAUGACAUCAUCACCAAACUGGACAAAUCAGUGAUCAGAACCAAUCAGGUUUCUUCCUCACUGCAUCCUGCUGUUAUUGGAGCUGUUGUUGGACUCCUGCUGCUGUCAGUCGGCAUCUCUGGGUUCUUCAUCUGGAGAAAGAACAUCAGUGGAUUAGAGAUUAGAAGAGGAUACAAUCCUACCAGAGACAUAAGUUUGCUGCACAGCUGUUUCUGCAGACCGUCAGUGGAGAGGUUCCAGAAAUAAGAUCAGAGUCAGUCAUCAUGUACUGUCUUUGAUGCUUAUUAGCAGCAUUUCUAAUAAUAAUUUAGUUUUAUUGGCAUUAGCCAGCACACUAAUGAAGACUGUUCUCUAAACUGCACUAAGUGUUUAACUUUCUGUACUACCAAAGUUUUAAUUGUAGUUACAGAUGCAAAUGUAUCAGUUUGUUCCAGCAGACCUGAUGCUGCUGUGGAACAAAUAUUCAGAAGUUUCAGUAUGUAGAAGUCUUGGAUGUGUAUUUUUUGUGUUGUUGCUGUUGUUGUUGUUGUUGUUCAUUCUACAUUAUUCAGAUAUCACCAGCACAUUUAAACCUACUGAUGUGCUUCAAAAAUGAUGCACUUUCUUUGAACUGUUGUUAUAUACAUUCUAUUUAGUUACUUUUAUUUAACUUUUUUUUAUUGUUUGUAAGAACUGUGUGUGUGUGAGCAUGAGUGUGUGUGUAAAUGAAUUCAGCCCUCAUGAAAAAGAAGGGUUUCAAAGCUCAUUUAAUUUUGGAGAUAAUAUUCUGUGUUGUUAUUUUCAGUGUGAUAUUCUAACAUUUUAGUCUGUGUGAGCUCAUUUCACUGACUAUAAAUUUAAAGUCAAAAGAAGGUUAGUCAGUAGAGUCCAAGCUUGUAUGUCAUAAAAUGGAACUCUUUCAUUCAGACUAUGUUCUAAAAACACAGUUUUCAGUUGUUUUGGCUGAUUUGCUCUUGUUGAAUCUGUGAUUUUUUGAACUCAUUAAAUGAUAAUGAGUUGCUAUAAAGUGGAGCUAAUAGAAGAGUCAUGUAAACACCUUGAUGUAACCAUCCAGAAAGAAUCACAUCAUUUGUGUGCAAUAAUUCUUUAAAGAAAACAUUUUAUAUAUUUUUUUUAUUUCAUUGUCUUUUUUUUUUUUUUUUUGCUCAAUUGUAGCAUUUUAGUAAGUGUUUUGUUUAAUAAACUUGCAGGUCAGUUGGAUCAAAUUUGUGCAGUAAGAACAUUUUAUUUGAGGUGACGUCACAUAGAAGCAUAAAGAGUUUUAACAACCCUGA